UGACUUCCAAGUAUCUGACUUCAGAGAUCUCAGGCAUCCCGAUGUAUAUGUGCUCUCCUUCUAUUUUCCAGGUAUCCGACUGAUUCUAUAGUCCAUCUCAACGGACAAUCAUUAGCUUAUUAGCAUCCUCGCCGUAGGUCUCACCUCCAUCACCGGCUAAAAUUAUUAGUAGCCUUAAUAGGAUCCUCUGCUUUCUUUAUGUUCUUUUUUUCGAUGCUAUUGCUGUCUUUUAAAUCUAAGAAGCUCUAUAAGUGGAACCUGUUCUACUUUAUUUACUGCUUUCUUUUAACUUGAUCGCAUCAUUUGUUUUAAAAAAGGUUGAGCUUUCAAGUAGUAGAUUUAAUUUUAUAAGCAUAAUGUCUUGGUGAAUAGGUUUUGAUUUGUAUAAAGCUUUAAUGUACUUUAAUGUUACCACUGCAAUAGCAACGUGAAGUAUAAAAUGAGUCUUUGUUGCUUACUUUUUAGUUUUCAUUUAUAUAAAACUUCAAUGUAUUUUAAUGGUGCCAUUGAAAUAGUUAGGUGAAAAGAUGUACUCUGCACAUGGUACCACUAAAAUAGUAAGGGUUGGUCAUCCUUUUUACCGUCCGGUCGGAGUUGGGGACUCUCAGGGAUUGGGUGCAUCCUUUUUUUUACUAAAAUAGUAAGGGUACAAGGGCUAGAUAAAGUGAGCAUUCAAACUGCAUUUGCCUCCGGUGUUGUCUCUGUUGCCCGUGCAGAGGAUAGAUUUCUAAGUGAGGUUGCAGAAGUUCUUGGUCAUUAAGGCUCAAUGAGGUUAAUGUGACCAAUUGAGGUUUCUAGAUUUUACAAUUAGUACCUUCUAAAAUCAAAUCAUUACCAUCUAGAGGUAUCUUGCUGCUCAUUUUAUCCACAUGGCUUGAUUGACACACCGACAAUCUAAUGUAGUUAUAAAUUCCUUUCCCAAAAGUAAUACAAAAAAGUGAUUUUAGCACCGGAUUUGAGAUAUCAGUCUAUAUCAUAUUAUCAUACUAGAGCUCCAGUAGGGAAAACAAUAAUGUAUUGAAAAAAAACCUUAAAGGUUGUUAACUUAAUUCUUAAGGCUUGAAUGUUCGAUACUCUAUGAGUGGAAAUAGAAUACGAGUAAUAUUUAUUGGCUUUUGUAGCCAGAGAGUUUUCUACCAUAUACCACUUGGAGACUCAAAGUUUCUGAUUUUGAAUUGACUGCUCUCUCCCAGCAAAUCCGGGGAAUUGAGGUCUAAAUAUAAACAGGUUUUGAGUUGUUUCAUAAACUUGAAUGCAUAUUUGUUCUCUUCUUAAUUCCAAUAUGAACACUAGCCAAAUUCAUUAUGAUAGGAACCUAUUAGUAUAAUAAUAAUAAAAUAAUGUUACAUAGUUUCUAUUAUGUUAAAGGGGGUCUAGGCCUGGUAUUAAUUUUAUUAUGGGCCGGCCCGUAAACAAAGUAUUAUAAAUAGUAGCUGGGAAUAGAAUAAAGGGAGGCAGAUUUUAGAAUUGGAAAAUUGGGAUCUGGGAGAGUUGAGGCCUCUCGAAGUGCCCUGUCUAUACCUUCUUAUUCUUUUCUGCAAUUCUGUUCAAUAAUAGUGAUUGUUUCACUGUUACGAAAUCAGUUUUCCUAUCAAUGGUAUCAGAGCAGUUGCUCUUGGGUAUCGGAAAUUGAAUCUCGAUUGCAACCUAGUUUGUGUUACAGAGGUGGAUGGUCAGAACGAGGAAAAAAAAAAUGGAAAACCGUGUUCAUACGUCGGAACGGGAGAGGACGGAAAUGGAAAACAUCGCAGCUUCUCUGACAGCGAUGAACGGACAGAUUCAGAGCCACUUCGCGACUUAUAUGGCCGUAUUGAAUGAACAGAUUCAGAGAUUUUCUUCUUCACAAUCGAAAUUUUCUUCUUCGCGAUCUUCAUCUCAAAGUUCGAAAUCGCGAACUUCUUCGCAAUUGCAGUCUACCAGUUCGCAGGUCUCAGUUCUCAGGGCUCAAGGCCCGACUUCUCUCAGUUCGCAGUUCUCAUCACAGGUUUUGUCGCAAAACACUUCUCACUGUGCGCAGGUUUCAUCAGUCCCACAGGAGUUUGUUAGUGGACGGCAAUCUUACUCUACAGAUAGGAGUGUGUCGCGAUCCAGAGAAAAUGGAGAGAAGUUCACUGAGGGCAACAAUGAAAGCCAGAAGGAAUCGCCAGCAGAGUCUCUCACUUCACAAGCUUCACAGCUCAGUUUGAAAGUCAUUAAUCUGCAGCAACCUUCCUCCGACGCUAAGAGUGCUUCGCAAUUUGGAGAAAAUGCAAUGAGUGCUUCGCAAUUUGAAGAAAAUGCAAAGAAGUUCACUGAAGGCGACAAUGAAAACGAGGAGAAAUUGUCAGUGGUCGCUGGACCUGAAAUUGGCCCAACUGCAGUUCAUGUUUCUCUUGGAUGCCCAGCUUCUGAUGCUUCUAAAGGUUCUAUGGAAUUCUCCAACAAGGUUUUUGGUAGAGUUCUCCCUGUCACUUCUCAAAAUGUUAAUAAUUCUAAUGCUUCACAAGGACCUGGUCAAAAUCUUCACCACAUUAUUGAGAAUAGGCUACAGCCAAACACAGAGGGUGCCGGAGUGCAAAAUAUGAGGCUGUUUGGAGGUAUUAUUACAGUACCAAUUGUUUGUGAUAUGAAAAGCAAUGAACUCUGUUCCUUUUUCAUACUGACAAACCCCAGAGAGUUGCAAUUUUAUGAGAACAUUUGCUGCUCUACCAAGAAACCUGAGCAAGAGAACAAUCAUUAUGUUCUCCAGAGUUACAGCAUACCUCUUUCUGAAGAGAAUCUGGUGAAACCGGGUUGUGGACAGCUUUGUUCAAAAGGGGUGAUGAAGGGUCAAGUAAUGAAGAUCAUGGUCCAGAAAUUCGAGAUGUAUUGGGAAGGAAGAGGUGCCAGGAUGAAGAUGAAGUCGGAAGUUAAGGCUGUUUCCUAUCACCCACCUUGAGGACAAGGUGGUUGUCUAAGGGGGGAGAUAUGAUAGGAACCUAUUAGUAUAAUAAUAAUAAAAUAAUGUUACAUAGUUUCUAUUAUGUUAAAGGGGGUCUAGGCCUGGUAUUAAUUUUAUUAUGGGCCGGCCCGUAAACAAAGUAUUAUAAAUAGUAGCUGGGAAUAGAAUAAAGGGAGGCAGAUUUUAGAAUUGGGAAAUUGGGAUCUGGGAGAGUUGAGGCCUCUCGAAGUGCCCUGUCUAUACCUUCUUAUUCUUUUCUGCAAUUCUGUUCAAUAAUAGUGAUUGUUUCACUGUUACGAAAUCAGUUUUCCUAUCACAUUACUCCUGGAUGAAUGAAGGAAGACGACACAAGGAAAUAUUUCCAGCACUUAAUAAAAGCGGUUGAUUAUUGUCACAGUAAGGGAAUCCUCCACCAGGAUUUUAUGAAACAUAAUAAUUAUUUCUUAGGAAUUACUCGCUGCUCUUGCAGUCUUAUGAAACAUAAUAAGAAUGCAUAACAUAUAACUUUAUGGAUUGAUUUGUUUUUGCAUCCAGAGAGUUUGCUACCAUAUACCGCUUCGAGACUCAAAUUUUCUGAUUUUGGAUUGACUGCUAUCUCCCAACAAAUCAGGAUAAUCGCAUGGUUACCUACCCCUUACCCUUGCAAUUGUUUUAAUAGAAAAUCUGGGUAAUCGUAUGGUUUUUAUAAGGUAUGUGUCCAGAUAUGUUUUUAAGAACCCUUUUAAUUAAACAGUUGGUCAAUAAAUAGUUCAGAGUAAAGGACAACAAGUUUUGCUGAAAUACUAGCCUCAAGUUUUUUAAACAUUGGUGUACAAUUUAAAAGUGUAUGUAAUGUGUAUGUCCAUUAGUGGUAGGUCUUCCGUUUCUUACCCACUUGGCCAGUUGUAAUUCUUAUAUCUGAAUUAUUUACUUGGUAAAAAAACCAUCAUGAUUUGUGCUCUUAUUUUUGUAACUUAACAUGAGGAGUGACAAUGAUGUGAACAGAAAAAUAGAAAUCAACGGGGUAAAUCGUUCACGCCCCAUGCUCUUCCUGCUCUCUAUCAGACAACUUGAGCAGCUAAAACGGCUCAUAUAUGACUUAAACACCAUAUUUUUGCUUAUUCGACUAAUGGUAAGUGUCUAUAAAUUCUUCAUAGGCCCUCAGGUUUUGUUCUCUAAUGCAUAUUCUGCUGAUGUCAUCGUUUUAUAAAUUUACAGCCAAGGUAGCCUCUUAUUCAAACCUUUUACAAAGAUUCAAACAAAUCUUAGCCAAUAAUUCAGCAAAAAAACUUUAGAAGAUCAUAGUGGAAGCACGGAAGGGGACUUAGGAAUAUUCUUAGUUAAUAUACAUAGAUUGCAGUUAACAUUUGUAUUGAUACAAAUAGCUAGGUUAGUUGUCUAAUUGUUGUAAUUUUCAGUUCAAAAAUAAUUAUUUUCCCAUGGAAGUUUUGGGUUCUAAAAUAAUGGGUUUCCCAUGUAAGGUUACAAGGGCUAGAUAAAAUGAGCGUUCGAGCUGCAUUUGCCUCUGGUGUUGUCUCUGUUGCCCCUGCAGAAGAUGGAUUUAUGUGGUUAAGCAUUCUUCCAACUGAAAUCGGUAGUCUUGCAUGGUCCAACCUAAGACGGAUAACUUAAAACCAGAUAUGAUAAUCAUUAAAGAGUAUGUUGAUCACCAUAUAUCAAUCCCACAAUAUGAUUUGCGAAAAAGAAGGUUUUUUAACAAAUUGCAUAAAUUUUCACAAGUAGUGCACGUAACCUAUAAAAAGUCUUUCAACCAUUUGUAGUGUAUGGAGUAUGUACUAAAAAGACUUCUAAUAUAUAUUAUAAUUUGCUUAUGAUUUUAGUCAUUCAUUCGGUUGAAUGAGAUAGUCUUUUGCAAUGGAGCCAAAGAUUCAUUAUUUUUUGGCUUGAGAUUAUGAUGGAAUAAAGCAAAAUGACUCACUAAAUUGUCUGCGCUUCUUUGUUAUGAAACAGCUGUCAGUCCAUGCAAUUUUGGACGGGAUUUUCACUUUGGGUCAUCCGGAAACAGUCUCUUUGUGCUUUAGUACAGGGGUAAGACUGCGUACAUCCGACCCCCCUUACCCCACUGUAGGUGGGAGCCUUUGCGGCACUGGGGUAAAUGAAAAUGAAAAUGAAAUGAAUUCGCUUGAAUGAAAGACUCACGUUUCCAUGAGAGUGAUACGUACAUAUGGCUAUGCAGCCCUGGAGUAUAUAUUUUAAAAUAUUAAAGAAAAUAGUAUCUAUAAAUAAGCUUAAAAGUAUCAAUUCCCAUUUUAGCGACGUGUCGCCUAAGCGGGGCUUAGGUGUGAGGAGAGAGCAUUUUCGGUCAAUAAAGAAGAGAAUUUUAUAAGUAGGACUAUCAUUACUUUUUCUGAAAAUAUAACUCAUUUGUUUCUAACUGAAAAACUAUUAACAACUUUGAGUUUUCCUUUUUGUAGUGGUGUAUUGGAUUGAUGAGACAAUACUUUCAGUCAAAAAGGAAGAGAAAGUUUUAUACGUUGAACUAUCAUUACUUUUUCGGAAAGUAUAACUCAUUUGUUUCUAAUAGAAGAACUAUUAACAUGUUUUAGUUUUCCUUUUUGUAGUGGUUUCCUCAGCAACCACUAAACAAGAAUACUUUAAUUCAUACUCUUAUUUGACGUAUAAUCGAUCUAUCUAUACUUAAUUAAAAAAUUUAAGUCAGUCUCCUAUGAUAAAAACUUUUUUCAAGAUAACCUAAAGUUUUGUAAUUAUCGGUGUCAGGAUUUAGACCGAAAACUAUAACAGGAUUGUGUUAUUGUUUAGACACAUACCAAAUGUGUCCGAACGUGCCACUGUGCAUUUCGGUAAAUCGUUACUUUUCAAUAAAAUGAUAGAUUUUAGUUCAUUAAACGACAUGAUAAAUGAAAACAUUAUAGAAUGCCUUGGCACAAUGGUUUAAGAUUACUCCGUUUGCUUCUUCUUUUUAAUGAUUGUAUUCUCUUCUUAGGUUUUGACAUAACGCCACAGUUAUGGCAAUUAGGGAUUAUUGGAGUGGAGCUAAAAUCGGCUCAUACUUCAUAAAUUUGCAGUUUACUUUAUCUGUAAGACUGUAAAUCACAUAGAUGCAAGUAUUUUCAGUUUUGUGUUUUCACUCGGAGUCGGGUCUCCACUUUAGUUUUUCUUUUUUAUCCCUUUAGUUUCAAAAUUAUAUCUUUUGAUUUCCAUUGCCUCAACUUCUACUCUGUCUAUGUUAUAAUCUUUGCUCAUACAGUUUAAUUUUUAAUUGGCCACCAGUCACUAUUAAUGUAGUCUGUGCAACUUUUAGGUGCAAAAAUUAAAACACAACAUCAUUAUGAUUUUAUUAAACCAUCAUAAUUAAUGUGACAAUAUAUAUUUCUAUGUUGCUUUGUAAGUACAUGUUUAAUCCCAUUUUUAAAAUUUGCAAGGGACAACAUCACUAGGAAACCAAUCAGAGGACACAUGAUCCAAUCAAGAGCUAGAGUGUAGUUCCUCUCCCAAGACAAGUUUUGGAGAUUAUCUUUGCAGUGGGUACUAGAAGGGGUUCUGAAGGGUCUGCUUUCUGCAGACGGUGAUGAACCAGGACUUGUCUGUUCGGUUAUAUGUGGAUCCAGAAUCUCAUCCUGAGUGGAAGUGUCUUGCUCUGGGGUUUGUGCAGUUCUAGUGUCCGGUCUUUGCAGUUCAU